AUGGGCUCCGAGUCCUUCUGGAAAAGUCGGUCCCUCCGGGUCUCGGACAAGAAGCGGACGAAGGCAGCAGAGCUCACACUCAAGGAGUCGCUGUACCCGAUCUGCCUCGUCACACUCCUCUUCUUCCUGUGGGGGUUCUCGUACGGCCUGCUCGACACGCUCAACAAGCACUUUCAGAAUACCCUUGGGAUCACCAAGGCGAGGUCCUCAGGACUACAGGCUGCUUAUUUUGGUGCCUAUCCCAUCGCCUCGCUGGGCCAUGCCGCCUGGAUCUUGAGACAUUACAGCUACAGGGCCGUGUUCAUCUGGGGCCUGUGUCUGUAUGGCAUUGGUGCUCUGCUCGCCAUCCCGGCGAUUAUGCACCGAAGUUUUGGAGGGUUCUGUGUGUGUAUCUUCAUCAUCGGAAAUGGUCUCGGCUCGCUGGAGACGGCAGCCAACCCGUACAUAACUGUUUGUGGUCCGCCCAAAUAUUCCGAGAUCCGCAUCAACAUCUCCCAGGCCUUCAACGGCAUCGGCACUGUGGUCGCCCCCGUGCUGGGGUCCUACGUCUUCUUCAACUUUGGUGAUGCGCGCGCCCUGCAGAACGUGCAGUGGGUAUAUCUGGCCAUCGCCGUGUUCGUCUUCUGCCUGGCUUGUGUCUUCUUCAUGUCUCACAUCCCCGAGAUCACCGACGCCGACAUGGAGUUCCAGGCGGACGAAUCGCGGGCCUCGGCAGACAGCACGAAGCCUUUCAUCAAGCAGCACCGGUUGUUCCAUGCGGCGUUUGCGCAGUUUUGUUAUACUGGGGCACAGGUUGCCAUUGCGAGUUACUUCAUCAACUACGUGACCGAAACCCGCGCCAACACCUCCUCCGCGCUGGGCUCCCAAUUCCUCGCCGGCGCCCAAGGAGCAUUCGCCCUAGGCCGUUUCGCGGGCACAGCCAUCAUGCACUUCGUCCGCCCGCGCUGGGUCUUCCUCUGCUACCUCAGCCUAUGCAUCGUCUUUGUCGGGCCCUCCAUCACGCAGCGCGGCAACACGGGCAUGUCGAUGCUCUACGUGACCCUCUUCUUCGAGUCCAUCUGUUUCCCGACCAUCGUUGCGCUGGGCAUGCGCGGCCUCGGUCGCCACACCAAGCGCGGGUCCGGGUUCAUCGUGGGCGGUGUCUUUGGGGGCGCCUGUGUGCCGCCCCUGACGGGGGCUGUGGCGGAUAUGCAUGGGACCGCGCUGGCGAUGGUUGUUCCCAUGGCGUUCUUUAUUGCGGCUUGGUCAUACUCGCUGGCGGUCAAUUUUGUGCCGGCGUAUCGCGACACGGCGGAUGCGUUUACCAAGACAGAGAUUGGGCUGCAUGGACAUCAUGAGGGGGAGAAGGCUGUGGUGAACGAGCAGAGAGAGGGGUGA